UAUGUCUUUACAUUCAGAUCCAGAGGACACCCAUCAAUAAUAGGACCAGUAUCCACAUAAAGAUCCAGAGGACACCCAUCAAUAAUAGGACCAGUAUCCACAUAAAGUUUUCAGAUCCAAAGUUCUCCAUCAUCAUAUGUCUUUACAUUCAGAUCCAGAGGACACCCAUCAAUAAUAGGACCAGUAUCCACAUAAAGUUUUCAGAUCCAAAGUUCUCCAUCAUCAGAACUGUUUACUUUAACCCUGUCUCUUUAGUAUGUCUUUACAUUCAGAUCCAGAGGACACCCAUCAAUAAUAGGACCAGUAUCCACAUAAAGUUUUCAGAUCCAAAGUUCUCCAUCAUCAGUAGGACCAGCAUCCUUAGAAAAGAUAAGUAUUUCACUCACUCUUUAACUCAUUCAAUAACUAAAGGAACUGUUUACUUUAACCCUGUCUCUUUAGUAUGUCUUUACAUUCAGAUCCAGAGGACACCCAUCAAUAAUAGGACCAGUAUCCACAUAAAGUUUUCAGAUCCAAAGUUCUCCAUCAUCAGUAGGACUAGCAUCCAUAGAAAAGAUAAGUAUUUCACUCACUCUUUAACUCAUUCAAUAACUGAAGGAACUGUUUACUUUAACCCUGUCUCUUUAGUAUGUCUUUACAUUCAGAUCCAGAGGACACCCAUCAAUAAUAGGACCAGUAUCCACAUAAAGUUUUCAGAUCCAAAGUUCUCCAUCAUCAGUAGGACUAGCAUCCAUAGAAAAGAUAAGUAUUUCACUCACUCUUUAACUCAUUCAAUAACUGAAGGAACUGUUUACUUUAACCCUGUCUCUUUAGUAUGUCUUUACAUUCAGAUCCAGAGGACACCCAUCAAUAAUAGGACCAGUAUCCACAUAAAGUUUUCAGAUCCAAAGUUCUCCAUCAUCAGUAGGACCAGCAUCCUUAGAAAAGAUAAGUAUUUACCUCACUCUCAACUCUUUCAAUAACUAUAGGAAGUGUUUACUUUAACCCUGUCUCUUUAGUAUGUCUUUACAUUCAGAUCCAGAGGACACCCAUCAAUAAUAGGACCAGUAUCCACAUAAAGGUAAGUAUUUCACUCACUCUUUCAUUCAUUCAAUAACUGAAGGAACGUCUUACUUUAACCCUGUCUCUUCACUAUGUCUUUAGUUUUCAGAUCCAAAGUUCUCCAUCAUCAGUAGGACUAGCAUCCAUAGAAAAGAUAAGUAUUUCACUCACUCUUUAACUCAUUCAAUAACUGAAGGAACUGUUUACUUUAACCCUGUCUCUUUAGUAUGUCUUUACAUUCAGAUCCAGAGGACACCCAUCAAUAAUAGGACCAGUAUCCACAUAAAGGUAAGUAUUUCACUCACUCUUUCAUUCAUUCAAUAACUGAAGGAACGUCUUACUUUAACCCUGUCUCUUCACUGUGUCUUUAGUUUUCAGAUCCAAAGUUCUCCAUCAUCAGUAGGACUAGCAUCCAUAGAAAAGAUAAGUAUUUCACUCACUCUUUAACUCAUUCAAUAACUGAAGGAACUGUUUACUUUAACCCUGUCUCUUUAGUAUGUCUUUACAUUC